UGAGGUCCGCAACUGCCCACCACCUCCUCUUCAAGGGUUCGUCGUGGUCGUCACACCGUAUAAAAGCGUGUGGAUCUUCUUGCUAUCUCAUCAGUCGCAAAACAACCAACCAACCAACCAACCAACUCCAAUAGCGCAGCCAACAUGAACGCUAAGCUUUUAAUCGUCUUCGCCCUCGUGGCGGUAACCUUGGCCGAACAGCAAGCUACCGAAACGAAGAAGGACAAGCGUGGAAUCUAUGGAGGAUACGGAGGAUACGGAGGAUACUCUAGUUACGCUGCACCGGCACUCUCGGUCGUAACCAAGGAAGUGCCGGUCCCUGUACCACACCCUGUCGCUGUUCCUGUCGAGAAACACGUCCCUGUCCCGGUUAAGGUACCGGUCGCCGUCCCGGUCGAUCGUCCCGUCGCCGUCCCCGUCCCUAAACCGUACCCAGUCGAGGUGACCAGACACGUUGCUGUUCCGGUGGAGAGGCCAGUUCCGGUCCCGAUCAAAGUUCCGGUACCGGCUCCCUACGCGAUCAAAGUGCCCCAACCGUACGCCGUUCCAUACGUGAAACAGAUACCGCUGCCCGUGGUGCAACCUGCAGUCGUGAUCGAGAAGUACAAUCACGGCGGUUGGCCAAGCGGCUACUCCUCCUGGUAAACGGAACCAAUCCCUUUUUUAUUUUCCGUGGAUCCGAGGGAGCUAGCUUCGGUGAUCGUGACAGGGACGCGUUAUCGCGUCCUCAGUUGGACGGUUGGACAUUUCACGAUUUGGCGGAGAAAGUUUCAAGAUAAUAAGAAGCAAUAAGAUUCUCCGCCCCGCCGAGAACGAACAACUAACGAACAAGUCCGACCGCGUCCAAUCUCUCCGCAACUUUUCUGCCAAUAUAUAUUUUCCAUACCUUUUUGUCCAUCCGCGAUAAUGCGAAGAUUGGCCCCCUUUGGAUCGUAUGAUUGGUUAUUGUAUUCUCUCCCUCCUCAACGUGAGAGGAAUAAAUCGUUGACGAUUAGUGUUAACGAUCCUGCGCAAUUGUUCCAUCGCGGUUUAUCCCCUCCCUCCUUUUUUUUUUUUUUUUUUUGUAUAA